AACUAUGAAUUUUAUUCCAUUCUUUUGGCCAUCCCUGUACAGUAACUCAAAUAUCUGAUAUGUUGUCCUUUUCGAAUCGAUAUACUCCCCCACAAAUGUUUGAUCAAUAUUUCUAUGCCAUUCAUCAAAAUGUGGGAUUCCUUCUUUGCCAAAGUGCCCUCGAGAUUACCAAAAUUAAAAACCCAAAACGAAAAACGUCUAGAAACCUUACUGACGCCCGUCAAAGAGUUGAUACCUUCAGACAGUGAUAGUGAUUGUAGCAGCGCUUUAGAAGAUCCCUUUGCAAAGUUUAAUAAAAAUAGCUUUUUGAGGCCUCUGCCAGGAACUAAAGGUAAAUAUUUGAGUAAACGAGAGGCGGAUUGGAAGACUGUACAACAAUUUACUGACGAUUAUAAAAGAAUUAUGAAAGAAUUGAGAAAAGAUGUAAAAAUAGAAGAUCCUUUAGCUAUAGAAACUGAUGAAGAGAUUGUACAGAAAUCUGAUGCAAAGAAAUCCAUUGAAGGAGACCCUAUUUUAAUCGAAUCCGAAGAAGAACGCAGUGAAGCCACCUCAAAUUCAGCAGUAUGGAACAUGAUAAAAGCCCACAGUAAACAAUAUUUUGCCACAAGUCCUCCUCAAUACGACAUCUACCAUCCCAAAUCUGAACAUUACUUAAAAAGACCUUGUGUUGAUUGGCAAGAAAUUGAAGAGUCAAGGAAAAAGUGUGAAAAAUGGUUGAACGAAUGUGAAUCAGAAUAA